AUGAACUUCUUCGCAGAGCUUAAGAAUCUCUUCCUAUCGCCAUUCAAAUUCAAAUCAUACCCCUCAGCGUUCCCGAGGAUGCGGCUAGGACCCGACGAUAACCUAGAUAAUGCACUCAUGAUGCAAUUCUUUACUUGGGAUACGAAGCAUUCUGAAAUGAGCUGGUGGAAGCACUUCGAAGCUGAGAUACCAAUGCUUGCGAAGAUGGGUGUCACUCAAGUAUGGUUGCCUCCCCCAAACAAGGCUAGUCAGAAGGAAGGGCGCGGAUACGACGCGUAUGACUUGUGGGACUUGGGUGAAUUUCAUCAAAAGGGUACAGUGGGCACUCGAUGGGGAACACGGGAGGAACUCCUGCUUGCCUGCAGCUUUGCUAAGCAGCAUGGUGUCGAUAUUCUCAUUGACGCCGUCCUCAACCACAAGCUCGGUGCAGACGAAGUCGAGACUUUCCUAGCUGUUCCAUGUAAUCCGAACAAUCGUCUGAAAGAAGAAGGACACGCAAGGGAAAUCCAAGGCUGGACGAAAUUCAAUUACACUGCCAGAGCCGGAAAGUAUAGCGAUUUUCGUUGGAAUCAAGAUCAUUUCACAGGCCUCGACUGGGAUCACAAAACGCGUACCCAUGGUAUAUACCGGAUCACUGGACCUGGUCAUAAGGGUUGGUCAAAACACGUUGACUCUGAGCUGGGGAACUACGACUAUCUACUCGGGAUCGACAUUGAUUUUAGGCAUCCUGAUGUACGAGAAGACAUGCUCAACUGGGGACCUUGGGUAUUGGAAACUACAGGUGCCAGCGGUUUCCGUUUGGACGCCAUAAAACAUACGGACCAGCGGUUUCUCUUGGAAUUUCUCAAAACUGCUCGAAGUCGCACUGAUAUGCCCCGGAUGUUCUCCGUUGCCGAGUAUUGGUCCGGAGACUUGAAGAGGAUUCUACCCUGGAUACGUGCAUUUGAAGGCGAAACUGCAUUCUUUGAUGUCCCUUUGCAUAUGAACUUCUAUCAGGCCAGCAGAAAGCGGGCUCGAUACGAUCUGAGGACUAUCUUUAACGACACAAUUGUCAAGAUCAAGCCCAACGACGCUGUGACAUUCGUGGAUAACCAUGAACUCAUCAUCACGACUCAUCAGGUGGAGGGUCAAACGCUUGAGAGUUGGGUGGACAUACACUUCAAGAUACAGGCCUACGCCCUAAUUCUUCUCCGACCUGGCGGGCAUCCAUGCGUCUUCUAUGGCGACCUCUACCCAAACACAGAAUGCUACCACGAAGCGACGGCCCGGAAUCUGAAGUUACUCGCGGAAGCGCGGAAGCUCUGGGCGUACGGCCUCUGUAAAGACUACUUCUUGGAGCCGAACUGCAUUGGGUUUGUGCGGACGGGAGAUGCCCGGCAUCAAGGCUGCGUUGUGCUUGUGAGCAACAGGACUGACGUCCGCAGUUCAGACAACUUCGUCCACAGCCUACGCAUGAACGUCGGUCCGGAAAAUGCUGGAUCGGCAUACAGAAGCUACAUGACACAGGGUGGAAGGGUAGAAGUGGACAAGGAUGGUUGGGGUAUUUUUACCUGUUUCCCCGAAGCCGUGCAAGUAUGGGUACGGGAAGCCGAUGAUCAGGUGGUGUAA